AUGGUUCUCUCAUCUAAGCCUUCAAGAAGCUCCAACUCUGACUCUACUCAAAUUAAAUUUAAACACAUAGCUAUAUUAUGUCAUAAAAUCUUGACGGAAGAGGCACUGAAGUGUGAAAGCUCACCUGACGAUCACGUUUGUGCCUUGCGCCAGACGCAUUCGCAAACAGUGAAUAUUGAGAAAGUGUUCCCUGUCCAACAGCUCGAUCAUCAUGCUUCUACCUUUGCUCGUCUUUGUCAGUUUAAUCAGCUAUUGCGAGGCAUGCCAAUCUACCGUUAUGGUACCAAUGCAACAUGUACCAUCAAGCAUGAUGGAUCGAGGACUCGGUGCACUCGGUCUAAUGUAUGCGCUUGA